AUGAUUUCCGCCCUUCCAUUCGCUGCCCUCGUUGCCUCCGUCCUCGCCGCUGACAACCAGUGGGCCACCUACCCAUCGGUCCCACACACCGCCACCAUCAACGGUUUCGCUGACCCUGUUUUCGACUCUCUUCCAGAAUGUGCUAAACCUUGUGUUGACGAGUCCACCUCCAGCACUCCUUGUCCUUACUGGGACACUGGCUGUCUCUGUGUGAUGACCACGUGGUCCUCCAAGGUCACCAACUGUUACGCUGAAAAGUGUUCUGGUUCUGACGCCCAGAAGGCCUUUGACGCUUCUGUCCAGAUCUGUAAGAACGCUGGUGUCUGGGAACCAUACUGGAUCGUCAACGACGCUGCCUCUGCUGCCAUCUCCUCUGCUGCUGCCAAGGAGGACGACAAGACCUCUUCUGCUGCUCCAGAGACCACCUCUUCUGCUCCAGCCCAGGAGACUCAGGACGAGACCACCACCCAGGGUGAGGCCACCUCUGCUACUUCUUCCCAGGCUGAGCAGACCGAGGCUCCAGCCGAGACUUCUGCUCCAGCCGAGUCUGAGGCCCCAGCCGGUUCUGCUCCAGCCGAGUCUGCUUCUGCUCCAGCUGAGUCUUCUGCUGCUGUUUCCUCUUUUGAGGGUGCUGCUGCCGGUGCUGGUCCAGCUGGUGUUGCUGUUGGUGUUGCCGCUGGUCUCGCCAUGCUUUUGUAA